AUGGAUGCCAAAAACUGUUUCAGCUCAGGCAGUACUGGAAGUAUACAAUUGGGACGGUACUAUGAAAAGGUGGAGUCCAUGUCGUCCACAACAAGCAGCAGAUCAUCAUCAAACAAGCAGCCAAUAUUGUGGAGACUGAUUUGGAAAAAGUUGAAGAAAGAGAAGAGGAAGGUGAUUAUGUCUCCAAGGCAGCAUGUACAGGUCUCUUAUGAUGCAUAUUCUUAUUCUCAGAAUUUUGAUGAAGGAUCCACGUGGGAUGAGCCCGAUAACCUCUCCCGAUCUUUCUCUGUUCGCUUCUCCGAUCCCUCCAGGAUCUCUGCUAUUGUUAAUCAACAAUUAGUACUGUAA